UGACGCAGAAAUAAAAUGGUACUCAAAUCGAAUUGCUUUAACUUUUUCGUUUGUUUCCGUCUACCACGUAAAGAUUCGUCGGAAGUGGCCGAGAUGAGUGAAACGGUGGACGACGAUCUAGACGGGAUGGAUGACGUCCAAUUCAACGGAGCCAAUCCGGCAUUAUCCAUGAUGGUGGCGGCAGACGAGGAUCCCGUCAGUCGAGGCAAAAAGAAAAACGGAGGUGGCAAUAAAGGCAACAAAAAGGACGACAAGAAAGAGGACAAGAAGAAAGCUGCCAAACAGUCGACUAAAGAGCCGAAAAAAGAGGACAAAAAGCCAAAGAAUCCAUCAUCCAGCAAUCCAUCCGGAGAAAAGAAGAAUAAAGGGAAAAAAGGCAACGAUAACAAACAUUCGUCGGCUAAAGCAAGUACGCUGACAGAAGCGAGAAAUGUCAACGAGGUGGAAUCGACGGAUGGAGCGGAAGAAUCGAAUCAAAACUCACCAGUGGAUUUCGCCACACUCGAUCAAUCGUGCCUGGUCGAUGCCGAUAACAGCAACAGUCCAAUCGUGCCCGCUCCAGCUAUUCCUCACGGAUCGGGAAUCAAAUACAUACGGAAACGAAACAAAGGGCCGGGUGGUGGAAAUCGCUAUGCUGCCGCCGUGUUCCAGUGCUCUGUCGGCUACCAGUUUGUCGUCCCGGACGCGGAUCGCCUUUACUGCCGGCAAGGGCGUUGGGUGGGACCGAGCCCAAUUUGCAUCAUCCCUAACACUGACCAUCCCGAUCAAGACGCUAGUUCAGUGAGCAAUAACGCGCUGACCGAAAGAGAGGAGGAGUCGUCCAAUGCCGGCAGCUAUGGCAAUGAACGUUCAGAAUGUGGAGACGAUAAAGGAGGUUGCGAGCAGAUCUGCGACGAUACAAGCGGCACAGCCACUUGUUUAUGCUACCGAGGAUACGUCCUUGCCCAAGAUGGAACCACCUGCACAGAUGUGGAUGAAUGCACGAUUGACAACGGUGGUUGCGAAGGAACUUGCGUCAACCGACAAGGAUCCUAUCAGUGCUUCUGCUCCUCGGGAUUUCGUCUAGCUUCCAACGGCAAGAAAUGCAUAGAUCACAACGAGUGUCUGCUGCGUAACGGUCACGGUCCGUGUCAAGGCACUUGCCGCAACACUCACGGCAGCUACGAGUGCAGCUGCGACGAACGUCCAGGCACCCAACUGGCGGCCGACGGACACACGUGCGAAGAUCUGGACGAAUGCAGUUUGGGAGAUAAUUUUGGCUGUUCGCACACCUGUCUCAACACGCUGGGCACCGCCUUUUGUACCUGUCCUGAUGGCUACAUGUUGGGCGACGAUUGGAAAACAUGCGAAGACAUGGACGAAUGCGAGUUGGAGGACGUUGGACAGGCUUGCGCGGGCACGUGCAUCAAUACGAUCGGAUCGUUCCGGUGUUCGGAGGAGGACGGAGCUUCAUCGCAAGAGGACGGAGAAAAUGGCGAGAAUGAAGACAAUGAAGACAAUGAAGACAAUGAAGAAGAAGAAGCGGAAGCUAUCCAGGAAGCCAUUCCCUCAACUACCACUCCCAGUACGACAACGACAACAACGACAACAACUACUACCCCUACGCCAACCUCUACGACAGCCACUCCGACGACUACACCAGCCCCUACGACGACAAUUGGUACGACAACUACCACAUCAACGACAACGACAACGACCACUACCGAGACCCCUGUCAUCGCCGACAUCGUUCCGGUUGAAGAGGAAGACGAAGAGGAGGAAGACCCAGAGGAAGAUGGGACUGAGGAAGAAGGAGAAGAGGGAGACGAAGAGGAACCGGAAGAACUGGAAGAUAGAGCCAAUAGAAUCGAUAAUUCUCUAACUACUACAACAACCGUCGCCCCAGACAUCAAAGAGGAAAAGAGUUUCGAACUGGAUCAGACGUGCCCGGAAGGAUUUCAACUAGCUGAUCGGCUGGCCGAAGUUGAAGAUGGAUCGGCCUGUCUAGAUGUCGAUGAAUGCGAGACGCAAGAUAAUUUCGGUUGCUCUCAUCUGUGCAUCAAUACUCAAGGAUCAGCUCAUUGCGACUGCCCCAGCGGCUGGAACUUGAGCAAUGACGGGAAAGCGUGUCUAGAUUUAGACGAAUGUUCAGACAACAAUUUCGGGUGUUCGCAUCGAUGCAUCAAUACGGAAGGAUCUGCCUACUGUGCCUGCCCUUCCGGCUACGCGUUGGAUAUUAGCAACAACAAGACGUGCAGCGACAUUGACGAAUGCUCUGAUCAAGACCUGCCCAAUUUCGGUUGUUCGCACCACUGCAUCAAUCUUCCAGGAAGCGCCGAAUGCAAGUGCACGGCCGGAUACAAACUUCGCGCUGAUCAGAAAACUUGCAAAGAUAUCGAUGAGUGCGCCAAAGAAAACGGAGGCUGCUCACACGAGUGCGUCAAUCUCAAAGGUGGAAUGAGGUGCGAAUGUCCGGAAGGAUAUCGUCUAAGUGAAACGGACGCAAAGACGUGUCAAGACAUUGACGAAUGUGAAUCGGUGGAUCAAGAAGCUGGGCACUCGUGUCGUGCAACUGGCGGGACCUGCCGCAACACCCUCGGCUCUUACGAAUGCAUCUGCCCGGAAGGAUUCCGCACCACUGGCACUGCUUGCGCAGAUAUUGACGAGUGUGCUGAAUUGUCGCCUUGCUCGACGGCCUGUACCAAUUUACAAGGAUCGUACCGAUGCGAUUGCGACGAUGGUUUUGAAAACAUCAACGGAACAUGCACAGACAUCGACGAAUGUCCGAAUGGAGUCUGCGAUCAAUUGUGUACCAAUAUCCCAGGAUCUUACAUCUGCGAUUGUCACCCUGGAUAUCAAUUGAUUGGAGACAUUUGUAUAGAUAUCGACGAGUGCGCCACCACGAGCCCCUGUGACGGCAUUUGCCGCAACACUGUCGGUUCCUUCGAAUGCCUUUGCGCCGAAGGUUUCCAGAUCAACAAUAACGACCAGUGCGUCGAUACCGAUGAAUGCCUCAACGAACCCUGCGAGGGCAUUUGCAUCAACACCCAAGGUUCUUACUCUUGCUCCUGUGAGCUUGGAUAUCAGCUCGGCGAUAACGGAACGUGUUCAGAUAUCGACGAAUGCCUUAACAAUCCGUGCCCAGUUGAAUGCAUUAACUCACCAGGUUCCUACACUUGCCUUUGCCCGUUUGGCUAUGAGUUUGACGACAACGUUUGCAAAGACGUGGACGAGUGCCAAAAGCAGCCGUGUGGUAAUUUAGCCAAAUGCAUCAACACAGAGGGAUCAUUUACGUGCCAGUGUGAACCUGGUUACAUCCUGCGAGGCAACGACUGCGAAGAUGUGGACGAAUGCAAAGAAAAUCCCUGCAAUGGCAUAUGCAUUAAUUUACCUGGAUCAUACAAAUGCAUUUGCGACCCCGGAUACGAGCUUCGAAAUGGUCGUUGUGAAGAUAUUGACGAGUGUUUGAACUACAAGUGUGGAGGUCGAUGCACAAACUUGCCAGGCACUUAUCGCUGUGACUGUGAAAGUGGCUACAAACUUGAAGGGGAACGCUGUGUCGAUAUUGACGAGUGUCAGACUCUUAAACCCUGUAAGGGUAGCUGCGUAAAUUUACCUGGAAGUUAUCGCUGUGAUUGCGAAGCUGGUUAUCGAAGUGAAGGAAAUGCAUGCAUUGAUAUUGACGAAUGUAGCCAUCGUAACGGUGGCUGUUCUCACAUUUGCGUCAACACGAUUGGAUCUUUCCGUUGCACGUGCAACUCGGGGUUCGAUGUCAGCCACAAGAAUCAGAGCAAUUGCGUGGAUGUCAAUGAAUGUCGUUCCAAUAACGGUGGCUGCAGUCAAGAUUGUAUUAAUACACGUGGAGCCUAUCACUGUACUUGCAGCGACCAGUAUUACUUGGAAACCGAUGGACGAACGUGCACCGAACUACCGCCUAGAUGCCCGAAAAUGAAAGCGCCCGAUCAUGGCGAGAUAGAGUGCAUCCAGAAUUUGAAUCAUACUCAACACAGGUCUCGGGAGCAAGAGGACGAAGCCCUGAUCGCUGAGAACGGACGAGGCGAUUUAGGUGCCAGUGGAUGGUCAGCCAAUCGUUCACCUAAAUCUCGGUCCCUUUACAAUUCCGGAUCAACUUGCAAUGUCCGGUGCAAUAAAGGAUACAAGCUGGUUGGAGAUUCCACGGUUUCAUGCGGUCGAUCUGGACUUUGGCUAGGAGAACCUGCCACUUGCAUACCUUUAGCAUGCCCCAAACUGCUGGCGCCUGAUAGUGGCGUUCUAAUGCCACAUACCUGCUCCACCGGAAAGACAUUUGCUGGCCAACAAUGUCAAGUAAGAUGCCGUGCCGGAUACAGACUCAUUGGUGGAGGUAUCUAUCAUUGCUUGCCAUCUCAGCAAUGGCGCAGCCCAGACGAACCAGCUCGCUGCGAACGCAUCGAUAGUCCAGUUCCAUUUAUCCAGUGCCCUGGCAAUAUGGCAGUAAACCUGCCUGCACAACAGAAGCGAGCUUACGUCACUUUUUCGCAACCGAAAUCAAACAUGGACUGGUUCCGGUACGUGGAUUCGGAUCCUUUAUGGGCAAAACAGCUGGGGGGGGAGUUGCCUGUCGGUUUGAAUACCAUCACUUUCCGUGUCCGAUCACCCGUGUCUGAUUUAACAGCCACGUGCAACUUCACCAUCGAAAUCUUUGAUAAGGAAAUACCACGUAUGACUAACUGUCCAACGUCUUGGACCGUUUUCCUGGAACCGGGCCAAUCUUCGCAGAUCGUGACAUGGAACGAGCCUAUUUUUACCGACAACAUUGAAAUCGUCCAGCUCAACAAAUCCAGGGAACCUGGAGAGUUGUUCCAGGCUGGCUAUCACGAAAUCGCAUACGUAGCACAGGAUGGAGCGGGCAAUCAGGCCAAGUGCCAGUUUACUAUACACGUCACGAGUCAAACCGUUCACAGAGAUACAAGUUCGCCCAUCACUAAGUUACCAAGAGGUCGAGUGCUGGUCCGAUGCCCUGGCUCCAAGCCGGGCAAGUACGUCGAAAUGUACACGUACAAGGUCCCGGCUGGCUGCAUCGUCAUUAAUAAUCCGAGCGCUUACACACGAGCCACAGUCACGACAUUGGCUCCACGUUAUACAGUGUUUGAUUGGAAUUUCGGCGCUUCGAGCGACAGCGAGGGAGGCGACGGCCGGGAUUCGGCCAAUACUGGUCGGCAUCCAGCAUCUCACAACAAAUUAGUGGAUGGUGUCCCUCGGUUAAGAGACGCCGGGGCCCCUUCGUCUCCCGUCAUUGUGCCCGGACCCGCCUUGAUCCCAUCAAUGGGUAGCCAACCGGUGCGGCUUGGAAACGGUAACGGCCGUGCACGCAAAUCGCGCAUUAACGAGGCCGAUCUCCAGCUGUUACCCAACGUUCCGUCAGGCCUCUGGCUGGCUUCUGACGUUGAUGCCAGUGAAGCCGGGAUGCGGCAGCUUCAACAGCUCAAUCGUCCGUUGCCCUAUUGGUGCUGCGGAAUAAGAGGACCACAGCCAACUGGAUCCCGGCAAACGCUAUCGUCAGACACAGAUAAUAAUAUUCCUUGGUCUUGGGAAGGUUCUAACGAUCCCGUACACCAGCCGGGUAGAGGAAACAAAAACCGCAACCGUGACAAGAAACGAGGAGGAGUAGUAGAUCUGCUACUUCCUUUUACGGCAAACGAUGCUGUGCUGCAAAGCACAACCACUAUACGAUCCGGCAGGAAACGUCAACAGGGACCCAAGCAUCAACCUAAACUUGUUCCAGGUCCCAGUUUCGUACCGGGGAAAGAACGCAACAGGAAACAAAAAGAGAAGAAGGAAAAAAAUGCUUCAGCUUCUGGUGCGACUCCAAACAAUCGGAAAAACAAAACAACUACAAGCUAAAGCGUAGCUUCCAGGAUGAAGAAUCAUCACCCUUCGAUUUUCCCCCCUUUUUUUUUUUUACUCGGGCUGUCUUUUCGUAAAGGUUUUCUCCAAAAAUGACACACUUGAUACAACGGAAUGGGGGACUGAACUCGGGUGUAUAGUCUCCUGCGAGCCGAAAAUCGGGAGAACAAUUGACGAUUAAAUGUUGUAUACUAUUAAAACACUACUUAUUUUCUGUUUUUUUUUUUUUAUUAUGAGAAAAGAUAAGAUUGGGAAAAGAAUUAUUGCAAGUGAUUCUGUAUAACAUUAACUAUUUUCAAUUAUCAUUUUUAGCUUACGCUGUAUAAAGUUUUGCUUAGUAAUCCGUAACGUGCGCUAUGUUACAUCAGUUCUGUAAGGCCACGGAAUUUACAGAACCCUCUACUCCAACGUCGUACUCGAUCACUGCUGAAAUUUUUCGACGACGAGUGAGCAAAAUAAAACUGUUUAUCUUAUAAGAACAAGAAAGUAUGAAUACUCGAUUGAACUAUGGUGACAGGAAUCACCAGGAGGAUAAUGAGAUGAAAUUUCGUGCUCGAGUGCCUUUUGAACUGUAAAAUGCCAGAAUCACUUCGUUCGAUCAUUUUGAUUGUUCAAUCUGUUUUGAACCAAGUGUUGGAAUACAUCGGACAUGGUCUCACAAAA